AUGAGGCUCUUGGAGAUAGCACGCAAAUGGCAGAAGAAAGCCAUAGGUCAGAGGAGGAGAAUGUCCCUCAAAAGAAAUACUAGUGAUCGAAGGGAUUCAGCUGUUGUUGAUGGUCAUUUUGUGAUUUAUACAGUAGAUGGAAGCCGAUACAUGAUUCCCUUAGCCUUUUUUAACCGCCCCAUCUUUCGAGAGUUGCUCUUGAUGGCUGAAGAAGAGUUUGGAUUCAUAGGACGCCAUCCUCUAACUGUGCCUUGUGAUUCAUUUGUGGAGUACAUAGUCUACCUGUUAAACAAGCAUGCAUCAAAGGAGGUGGAGAAGGCAUUGGUUUCCAUGGCAUGUUGCAGAGCCUCUCAUCCUUCUCUAGCCCUUCAAGCAUUCUCUGAGCCAAUGAUUCUCCAUAGCUUUUGA